AUGGGCCAGCCAAUGGUUGCCAUCCAACAAGCCCAGUCAGUUGCCUCGUCCCAGGGUGCCAGCUCAGUCCAGUCCAGCAACCACUUGGAGUGUGGAAGGAGAAGAAGAGUGAACAUCAACAUCUUUGUUGGAGGAGGUAUUGGUGGUGGCUGUGGAUGUGGAGGCUUUGGUGGUUUUGACGGCUUUGAUUAA